AGCAUGACCUCUCGUGAUGUGCUUCGUCUGAGUCUCGGGACUCGCGUCCUGUCUCAGUCCGAGUUGAGAGAUGAGUCGGCGGCGGCGAGGGCUGCUGGCCCGCACCGUCCUUUUCCUCUUCGCCCUCAAUGCCGCCUCAUUCGCCGUCUACUUCCUCCUCCACCCGUCUAACCGGAGCCCAACCGCCGCCGACCCCUUCCUACCCCUCGAAACCCUAGCGAUCCGCCACAAGAACGCCCGAUCCACCCUCAAAUCAUGGCCGUCGCUCCCCUCCUUUCUCCCUUGGAGGCCCUCCCCCGCCCCGCCCCUCGGAUCCUGCGAGGCCUACUUCGGCCAUGGCUUCUCCCGCAGCGUCGACGUCCUCCGCUCUUCCCCCUCCGAUGUCAAUGGCAGGGGAUGGUUCCGGUGCCACUACAGUGAGACCCUGAGGAGCUCCGUCUGCGAGGGCGGUCGGAUUCGGAUGGAUCCCGCGCGGAUCCUAAUGUCUGACGGUGGGGAGGGGUUGGACGCCGUGAUCGGGCGAGGAGAGGAGGAGGAGCUCCCCAGGUACCAGCCUGGGGCGUUCCAGAUCGACAGCGAAGGUGGCGACGGCGGCGGGGAUGGAAAGAGGGCCAUAGACGAGGGGUUCCUGGAGAAGUACCUGCCGCAUGGUGCGGUGCAGUACCACACGAUGCGGGCGCUCAUGGAGUCCAUGCGGGUGGUCGGCCAUGAACAAUUGGAUUGCACGCAGUGGAUUGAAGAACCAACAGUUCUAGUGACACGUUUUGAGUAUGCAAAUCUUUUUCACACAGUUACCGACUGGUAUAGUGCAUAUGUCAGUUCUAGAGUCACUGGCUUGCCAAAUCGUCCUAAUCUGGUAUUUGUCGAUGGUCAUUGCAAGACUCCAUUGGAAGAAACUUGGGAAGCACUUUUCUCUAGUGUUAGGUAUGCUAAAAACUUCUCAAGUCCAGUUUGUUUUAGACAUGCAGUUUUUGCGCCUUUGGGCUAUGAAACAGCUUUGUUUAAAGGGCUGACAGAACACAUAAGCUGCCGUGGGACGUCUGCUAGUGAUGUCCGUGAAGACCCUGAUGUUAAAAAAACUGCCCGAUUAUCUGAAUUCGGGGAGAUGCUGAUGGCAGCUUUUGGCAUACUUGUGGAGAAAGAUUUGCCGAGGAAGUCAUCUGUGAGUCAUAACGUGCUUUUUGUGCGUCGUGAAGACUAUCUGGCGCACCCACGUCAUAGUGGAAAAGUCGAAUCUAGGCUAAGCAAUGAGCAGGAGGUUUUGGACGAAAUAAAGGUCUGGGCCGCCAACCAAGAGAGAUGCAAAAUAAAUGUUGUGAAUGGUCUCUUUGCGCAUAUGCACGUGAAAGAGCAACUGCAGGCUAUUCAGGAAGCUUCGGUCGUUAUUGGGGCGCACGGUGCUGGUCUAACUCACUUGGUUGCGGCAAGACAGAACACCAGAGUUCUUGAAAUUAUCAGCAGCAUGUACAGGCGCCCACAUUUUAGCUUGAUCUCGGAGUGGAAAGGACUGGAGUAUCAUGCCAUCAACCUUGCAGGAUCAUAUGCCAGGCCAGCCAUGGUUAUCGAUGAGCUUAGCAGCAUAAUAAGUGGUCUUGGUUGCUGAAAUCAAAGCUACAGGAGGCUUUAUGUCAACCUUCCCCUCCCCCUGCCCCCAGCUUCAUGACCAAACAAACUGCUAGGUAACCUGCUUCACACUUGUUCCAUUGGAUCUCAACACCUGGUUUUCUUGAGUUGACUGAUCCAAAGUUGCAGCCUGACUGCUUUCAUUUCCGGUUCAUGGUCUGAUUGAUUCUCAAGCCGGGUUGAGCUUAAAAUCUUGAAACAAACUCUUUGCCAAUGAUUUCAUCGAUUGAAAGUUACUGCAGAUUAUUAUCAACCCGGUUCAUGGUCUGAUUGAUUCUCAAGCCGGGUUGAGCUUAAAAUCUUGAAACAAACUCUUUGCCAAUGAUUUCAUCGAUUGAAAGUUACUGCAGAUUAUUAUCAACCCGGUUCAUGGUCUGAUUGAUUCUCAAGCCGGGUUGAGCUUAAAAUCUUGAAACAAA